AUUUUUUUUUCUUUCUUAUGGAUGUGGUUAAAUCUGCUAAGGGUUACAUGUAAUCUUUGCGUGUUGCUAUUUGCACUAUGUGACAGUAGUAUAAAAAGAGAAGAAAACGUGCAAGGUGGAAUUCUCACUUCUACAAAUGUUGCUUUCACAAAGUCAGAAUUGAAAUGGCCUUGCGAAUCAUGCGUAUGUCUGACUAUGAAAUUGCAAUCUAUCUGAAUCAUUCAAGCCGGCGAGUAAAGUCAACUAAAAACCCACCUCUAUUUGAUCCUGAAGCUUCAAAAUCUCUCUUUCUCAAACCCUGAAACUGUGGUUCCUGAUACAACCUGAUCUUGAUGGGCAAACUGCAGAAAUCUAAAAGCAAGAUAUCAGACCUUCUACCAAAAGCAGCAGGUCCUGUAACUUUUCUGAGUCCACCUCCUAGUCCUGCUAGAGCUAACUCCUGGAAAGGAUUAUCUAGCCCUAGAGUCUCGCUUAUUCCCAAAGAAAUUCGUAGAAAGGCAAGAAUUCUAAGCUUUGACGCAAGAGAGCCUACUUCUCCUAAAGUUUCAUGCAUGGGAAAAAUCAAGAACAGGAAAAGGAACAAGAACGAGACCAAGAAGUGGAAUAACCCUACAAAACUAGAUAUGUUGGUUUCUUCACUUUCUCGCUCUGGAGCAAUGAUAUUGAAGAUCUUUAAAGGAAAACAAGAAAUUGAGGAACGUGAUGCUUCUGAUAAGAGCCCAACAACCAUAGCAGAAAGGGCAGUAAGAGCGAGUUCCUCGAGUCAGGUGAAAAAAUUUGCAAGUGGCAGGGGUGUCUUGAAGGAUUUUGACUGGAAAGCUCAUGUUGCAGGGGCUGCAGAUGCUGAAAGUAACUGCCCACAAGAUGAUAAAAAUCAGGAUAAGGAAAGGGAUGUUGAAACUCGUACUGAAUGCAUUUCUGUAGAGCCAAGGAAAGAAGUAAACUUGUGGAAGAAACGAGCCAUCUCUCCUCCUAGACCUCUUCAAUUGUAAAAAAAACUUAUGUUUGAAACUUGUCGAUUCAAGUACAGAUGUGAUUUUCACAUUCAUUAAUUUGCAUUUUUCCUGAUCAGCAGUAGAUCUGCACAUUUUUUCUUAAUUGUAUUUGUCACUUAAAUGUUAAAAAGAAGUGUGAAUGAUAUAAUGGGCACAAUUGAUGGA